AUGGAGGCGGAAUAUGGUGAAGUUGGUGAAGGCGUAUUUGAAGGGGAGACGGAAGCCGAGUCGGCAGUCGAAGUGUUCGGUGAGAGAUUGGGGCAAGUUGAAGCGGACGCAGAAAGUGAAGCGGUAGAACAGGUUGAAUCGGAACGUGUGUCUGUGUUCGCUCCAGUCGAAUUGGAGUCUGAGGCGCUUGCAGAGACUGCAGCACAACCGGAACGGGAACGAUUGGUUGAGCGUGUCGGUGAGAUGGAGGCGGAAUAUGGUGAAGUUGGUGAAGGCGUAUUUGAAGGGGAGACGGAAGCCGAGUCGGCAGUCGAAGUGUUCGGUGAGAGAUUGGGGCAAGUUGAAGCGGACGCAGAAAGUGAAGCGGUAGAACAGGUUGAAUCGGAACGUGUGUCUGUGUUCGCUCCAGUCGAAUUGGAGUCUGAGGCGCUUGCAGAGACUGCAGCACAACCGGAACGGGAACGAUUGGUUGAGCGUGUCGGUGAGAUGGAGGCGGAAUAUGGUGAAGUUGGUGAAGGCGUAUUUGAAGGGGAGAGGAAGCCGAGUCGGCAGUCGAAGUGUUCGGUGAGAGAUUGGGGCAAGUUGAAGCGGACGCAGAAAGUGAAGCGGUAG